GCAAAUUGAUCGACCUUAUCCAAGAGCCUCAAUUUACGACAGUACUGAAAACCCCAGUGGCAUCCACAAAGAAUAUGCUAAAGAUGAGACCAAUCAAGAAAGAACAUAACUAACAAUGUUGAAGUACUAUAUUGGAUCGACGACGCUAGCCUUAUUACCUCCCCUGAACCUCUCGAGUACUACGGUUUCUUCAAAUGGUGACAAUUCAUUGGUAUGCGCAGCCGCGAGCAAUCGCUUCUCCAUCAACGGAGCUCUGAAACUGGAAGCCAGACGAGUUUCGAGCAACCGGUGCAGGGCAAGCCGGCGGAGAGUGAGGUACAACGACGACGACGAAGACGAAGAAGACGAGGAGUAUGGAUACAACGCGGAGAUAGCAAUGCUAGAAAUUUAUAGCCAGUCUGCUAGAGAUGAGGCACUAAUGGUGAGAGCCCUGGUGGAUGAGGAAGAAGCAGAGGUCCUCAUUUUCAGGGGAUUCUCGUCAAGCUUGAGCUGUAGGACUUCUCCAGACCCAUCAAGAAGCAUUCUUCCCGCAAGGGCAGUUAUCAAAUCCAUCGACAGAGUCAGAGGGCCAUUCGACCCCUCUAAUAUUGAGUACCUUGAGAAAGGAUUGACUUGGGAUGCUUUCAAGAGUCGCCUCCAGCCAUAGUAGGCAUUGUAGAUAAUACUCUAUUUGUAGACCCCGUUCUGCUUUCUCAAAUAAGUACUUAAAAUAUAA